AUGGCUCGCAGGAAGGAGGAGGUUCUCGCCGUGAUCACACCAGCCAUCCAGGAGGCUGCUGCCGCCCAGGCUGGGCCCAAGGCGCCCGACGCAGAGACUUGCACGGCUGGGGACGCAGACGCUGCGCCGGGUGCCAGCACCCAGCCGGAGCCGGUCGAGCGGAAGAUCGACGCGGCGCUGCACAGGACCGUCUUCGUGGGCAACCUGCCUGCCAGCGCGUCAAGGAAGAGCCUCAAGCGCCUGUUCUCCAGCUGCGGCGCGGUGGAGUCUGUGCGCUUGAGAUCGCUGGCCAUCAAACAGGACCUGAAGAUGCCGCGCAAGUCCGCGCUGCUGGCGGGGGAACUGGACAAGGACCGCGCCUCUGGCCACGCCUACGUGGUCUUCGAGGACGAGGCAAGCCUCCCAGCUGCCCUCGCCCUAAAUAUGAUGGAGCACGAGGGGCGGCACCUGAGGGUGGACAGGGCGGCAGCAAACCGCAGCGUGCAGAGCGCGGGCGGCGGCCCCAGCGUGUCGAAGGAGGAUGGGGUCGUGUACGACCCAACUCGCUCAGUGUUCGCAGGAAAUUUGCCCCGCAGCGUCGAGGAUGAGGAUGUGAUCCGAUUUUUCUCCGACGGCAGCAUCAGCAGCGAGCUUCGGACAGGCAUUGAAGCUGUGCGCGUCGUCCGUGAUCGCAAGACCACGCUUGGGAAGGGCAUCGCCUUCAUCCUGUACAAGACGCGCUCAGCCGCCCGCAGCGCAGUACUGCUGGACGGGCACGAACUGGGCGGGCGCAAGAUCAGGGUCACGCGCGUCAAGGCCUCUGCAGUGGGGGCGGGCGCGUCGCCGUGGCAGGGCGCCACGGCUGGACCCAAGCGCCGAGGCGUGGCCGCUGCGGGGGUGGCCGCCAGGUCAGCGAAGGGCCCAGCCAAGAAGCUCAAGCGGGCAUCGGAGGGGAAGCGGCCGGCGGUGGCGGCGAGGAAGGCGCGCACCCUCGCCAAGGCCGCCCGCAGGGCCUGA